AUGAGACAGUCUCUUCUUAGAUUAUCUGGUCACGGUGCCAAGUAUGUUCGUCAUGCUGAAGUUCCAUACCCAAAGGUCCCAGCUUUUUACAGAUACUCCGCCAAACUUUUGGGGGCUACCAUGUGGUUUUGGAUAUUCUACAGAGCUAAGCAAGAUUACAAAGUGUGGUUUGGUAUGAAACUCCCAUUCGAACAUUGA